UUAUUUCCCACCUGUGACUUCUCGUCAUGUAGUUUGACUUCUUCCAGGAACAGAGCGACAGACAGCAGCUGUCGGAGGAGAGCAGUGAGGAGCACUGACUGCUACCUCCGGUAUGGACUGACAUCUGAAAACAAGCUCGUUUCUUUUUAUAUACACUCAGCUGGACAGGUCAACUUCUCAGAUUCUUCCUCUGACUGAUUUUCCACGAUCAAAAGAGGACCGAGAGGCCCAGGUCCUGCCCUCGUCCUCUUCCUUGUGCAAUGCCGAAGAGUGACACGUGGCCAGGCGGCGUUGCCAUGGAACCCUUGAGCUACUUGGACAGUGCCGGGAGCUGCGACAGCGUAAUCAGCAUGAACUCUGCCUAUAGUGAAGACAGUAUGGAGCACCUGUCUGCAGAUGAAAGGGCAUGUCUCAUGUAUCUGGAGGAGACGAUCGAAGCGCUGGAGCAGCAGGAGGACAGCGGCCUAUCCAACGAUGAACCAGAUCCUGGGUUCCAGGCAGACACAAAGGGCCAGAUGAGAGCAAAUUACAUUUCCAGUUUGAAGUCUGAUGAGUUUGGAAAAGACCAGACAUCAGAUUCUGGAUCCAUUGAAGACAAAGCUGAGCAUCACGCUCUGAGUCCUACCUCCGAACCACAGUCCUCCAACACGAAAGAUCUCCAAACAUCAGUGAACCUCAUGACUCAACCCGAACCUCCAGCCACUGAAUUGGUCACUGAUUGCAAAAUCCACCCCACCGCUACUCAGCUGUCUGUAUUCACGGAUGGAUACGGUCAACUUAAGAUUGUCCCAAGUGCCAGUCUUUCCCCCGGUUAUCUAUCUGAGAUAGAUACGGUUGUGAUACCUCCUCCCUCAGACUUCAUGGAUGAGCCAGUCCUCCCUAAACAGCCACGGGACUUAAUAAAAGACCUUCGUCCUUCUGCAAGAGUAUCCAAUAAAAAGCCUGGAGCAACUGUGGAUUUGGAGCAGCUCUGCCAGAGAGCCUCUGUGAAGAGAACUUCAUUGAGCACCUCUGUGACCCAGGAGCGUCCAAACAAGCCCCCAGAUCUGAGUCUACUAACUGUCAGCUCUGGUCCCCUAAUGAGUCCUCCUCCUGAAGCCGCUGAGCCCAGAAGUCCACCUGUUGUGGCCCCCAAACCCAAGAUGCUUCCUGCCAACAUUCUUCUGAAGCCACACAAGGCUGGCUCUGAUGGAUAUUCGUCACCCACUAGCAGUGACCGGCUCUUGUUGGACCACCAGAGGGUCCGCAUGGAGGCCCUCCGAAAGCUUGGCCUGCUGCCUGCUGAGGGAGAUUCCAGCCCUGUCCUGAGCCCUGACGCUUCUCCCACAACCAGAAAGUCAUGGACAGCUCCUGCUUCUCCCAUCAGCCCAUUAGGUUCACAUACACCACCCUUCAAACCACGUUACAAUCGUGUCGACAGUUCACCCGGCACCUGCGUCCCUCUCCAUUCUCCUGCAGCCGCGUCACCAUUAGCUGCCGCUACGGCUCCCGCGGUCCAGCCUGAUGAGGUUCUCCCAGCUCCUGCUGCUUUCAGUGACCCCGUCGGACCUCCACUGUCAGAUAAUGAACUGUCUGAUGUCAAAGAUGCUUCAGAGGUUAACGCACAGGUGAACACGCCCCCUCUUACCCCUUCUGCCAUGAUCAGGCAUCUAACCCCGCCCAGGUUUGUAGGUGUCAAAUCAGCCAGCCCAGAGCCUCCUCUUACCCCUUCUGCCAUGAUCAAGCAUCUAACCCCGCCCAGGUUUGUAGGUGUCAAAUCAGCCAGCCCGGAGCCCCCUCUUACCCCUUCUGCCAUGAUCAGGCAUCUAACCCCGCCCAGGUGUGUAGGUGUCAAAUCAGCAACCCUGGAGCGCUCUGGCCUGGGUCUAAGCAGCUUAAUGGCAAGUCAAGACUCCAACAAGGGCAGCCUGGCCAGCCAGCUACGUAACAACCGGGCGCGCCCCGCCUCUCUGGGGGGUGGGACAGAGUUUACACGUGCUGGGGGAGAGGGUUCGCAGGUGGGUCUUGCCACCAGCAAAGAGCCAGACUUAAGGAGGUCCCUGCCUGCCCACACUGGCUUUCAGUCCUUGGGAGACUCUCCGAAUCUGCCUCGAUCAGAAGGCAUCAGUGUACUGAUCUGCCCUAAGGCAGAAAACGGAGAAGACCGCCGCAAUGCCCUGAAGAAGCUGGGGCUGCUCAGAGACUGAGGCAACGAUCUCCCUGCCUAGGACUCCCUCCAGAUACUAUAUUUAAAGGAACAUACCAGAGAUGGAUACAGGAUCGAUGAAGGCAUUACAAAACUUUCGGGAAGCAACCCAUAUUUAUGCAUUUUUAUUUUUAAUGCAUUAAGCAUGAUGAGACGGCCUCACGGGUCUUGAAUACAUUGGCUGUCAUGCUUAUACUUGCAUCUACUUGUUUCUCAUACACAGUAUGUGCAGUGUUUUAGUUUAAGAACUCUUUGGAUAUUCACUGACUCUUUCACUGUAGCUGUGGUUUUUAUGAAUUAAAAAUGCUCUUACUUUUAAGAGGCAAUUAGUUAUUUUUGACAUUUUAAUGUUUCUUGUGAUCUACAGGUAUGAACCUUUCUGCACCUUAUGUGUAUGUUUUCACAAGUUAUUCUUUGUUACAUUGACACAACUCUUAGUUCUCCUUUUUUAAAUACUUUCAAAGGUCAGUUGUUCACUUCCACUUUUUAAAAUCUGUUGGAUUUUUUCACUUUGUUGACCACAGAUAUUCAGAUUUGUGUGUACUUAACAUAAGCUGCAUUGAACCUGUGUUGCUCAGUGCAGUUUGUCAAAACUGCAUCAUAAUUGAAGGGUGUUGAUUUUAAUUGAAUAAACAUGUAAAAAGUAUGUCCUGCGUUGCUAGAACAUAGUGUACUCUAACUCCAAAGCACAUAGUCAGUGGCCACUAUUUGAUUAGAAUUUGAAACAUGCGGUUUGCAUGGUUGCAUAGAGACGCCCUUGUCAAAACAUACAAGUGUGUUAAACAGCAGCUUUAUCUGGAGCUACUUUCCGCUGUACGUGAGCUGAUCUAAAAGCUUUUAGCACAAGCAUUAUUACACUUUUUUUUUUUAUCACACUCUGUCCCUGUCACACAUUCUCUUUAUCUGCCUUUAAAGUAUGUCCUAUUUUCCUCUGUUGGCAUGUGACCCGUCAGCCCUCAUGUGUCAUGUCAAAUCAUAAAUAUAGUUUUCUGGCUCACCUGAUGUGAUGGCGAGAGAACUGGUGCAACCUGUUUUCUCACUUCCUGGUUUAGCGUUCAUGCGACACUUUUUUGCUGGCACAUUUACAAGCAGACGGUCCGUCUGACAAACAUUUUACCACUGCUGCAGACAAAUGGAUUUGCUCUUUUCUCUAAUUCGGUGUUAAGGUCACCUACCGCUGUGUAAAUUAAGCUCAAUUUGAGAGAUAUCUCUCUGAAUAGGUAUUUAAACCAGGUUGCUGCACUUUAGAGUUUGUAAAGAAAACAGCAAACACGUUUGAAUCAACACAUUUUUUGCAUGUUUGGCCUAGAACAUACACUUCCUAGAAUAUGUUGGAGACCUGCCACAUCCAAACGUAUUUUGCUGUGUAGUGUGCCCAAACUGAUAAUCAUCACACUUAUCUUUUAUGGUGCAAUUAGAUCUACUCUACACAUGGGUGUGUCGUCUGCAAAUGACUGCAUCAGUGCCAAGUACACACUUUUUGUUGUCUGGAUCCCGCCCUGACUUUCAUCUCAGCAUGCAUUUUCUUCCAUCAUCUAAUUUGCUUGUCUAUAAACAGAAUAUUUUCAUAUGUUUGUAUGUAUAUUUUCACACAUCUUUUCUAAGGAAGUGAUCUGCCAGUGGAGGCUUUUAACAAGAGCCAAGAGAAAAAGGAUAUGAAUAUUGCUUUGAAUAUAAAGAUAAAGCAUGUGCAUAUUUUGCAAUAAAGAUUAAUUACUCUA